GCAGGCGCAGUACGGCGGCCAACGCCGGCCUGGGCCCGGCGCGCCUGCGGCCAACGGCUGCGGUCGGAUCUACGUCCCGCGCUGCUCCGGCGUACGAUACAGGGCCCGUGGAGCGAGGAGAGGCUGUUUUGGGACGAGGGGGUGUCCGCUGGGCCCCCGGCCUGAAGAAGGGAUGGGAGGGUGGUGAGGGUGUGGGGCUCUUGGCGUGAGCUGUGGUUUUGGUGUGGCGGUUCGGGGCCACAGGGCCCCGGCGCGGGAAAGCGGGGCUCCUACUGACGCUGCAGUGACAGCAGGCAGGCAUGGUCGGCUAUGACCCAGAGGCAAAGUGCGUCUCCACGGUGGAAGCAGCUGCAGCAGGGUCAGCAUCAGGCUUCGUCACUCGGGUGCUGAUCAGCCCUUUGGACGUCAUCAAGAUCCGCUUUCAGCUUCAAAUUGAGCGGCUCUCCUUCAAAACUCCAGGGGCUAAAUAUCAUGGCAUCUUGCAGGCUGCACGGCGCAUAUUCCAGGAGGAGGGGAUGCUAGCCUUCUGGAAGGGUCACGUUCCUGCACAGCUCCUUUCAGUUGGCUAUGGAGCUGUUCAGUUCAUGGCAUUUGAAAGCUUGACCAAACUGGUGCACAACGUCACCUCAUACAAUGCCCGCAAUUCCUUUGUGCACUUCAUCUGUGGUGGACUAUCAGCUUGCACAGCCACUGUUGCAGUUCAGCCUGUUGACACACUACGUACUCGUUUUGCUGCUCAGGGUGAGCCUAAGAUCUAUCAAAACCUUCACCAUGCAGUGGUGACCAUGUACCAGACAGAAGGGCCUCGGGCUUUCUAUAGAGGUCUGACCCCUACAAUCAUUGCUGUCUUCCCAUACGCCGGUUUCCAAUUCUCGUUCUACAAUAUUCUGCAACAGUUUUCAGAACGGAUGAUUCCAGAUGAAGGAAAAGAAGGAGGUAAUGUUAAAAACCUUGUUUGUGGCAGCUGUGCUGGAAUCAUCAGUAAAACCCUCACUUACCCUUUUGACCUGAUUAAAAAACGACUGCAAGUGGGUGGCUUUGAGCAUGCCCGAGCAGCCUUUGGGCAGGUGCGGAUAUAUAGGGGUCUGCUGGACUGCAUAAGGCAGAUCAUGCGAGAGGAGGGCCCGGGUGGAUUCUUUAAGGGCCUUUCACCCAGCUUGCUGAAGGCUGCUGUCUCUACUGGUCUCAUCUUCUUUACUUAUGAGCUGUUCUGCAGCCUGCUGUGUGCCCUGAAGAGUGCUGACAGCUCUAAGAGGAAGGGAGGCUGAAAGGGGCAUGUGUUUUGUCUACCUAGUCUAUCUAGUGUUCUCCUGCAGGAGGGAAACUGAAGGCUUUGCUCUGUCUUUAUCAUAUUGGAAAUGUCAGAGCACCCAGAACUCCACUAGCCCAUGGGAAAUGAUGUCCUGUGUCCAAGCAGGAGAUGAAGGUGACUGCGGUUCUGCUACAUGCACUGAAUUGCUUUACUGGAAGCUGUUACAGAGAGCAAUUCUUCGUUCUGUCUCCCCUGAUAUCAGUAUGCGUUUAGUGAGGAGGGGAACCAAGCAUACAACUAACUACCUGGCAGAGACUGUGCUCUGACAAGACACUUGGUAAACUGGGUCAAUGCCUGUGCUUGCCCUGGAUCACAGACGGGUCCUGGAUAGCUGGUGUUGCCUCACCAACAUAGCGCCGCUUAACGCUGCAUUUGCACAACUUUAUUUUCUUCCUUACAGCCUGCUCUUCGCAGCCUGUUCUUUUCUCUGUUGCACAGGCAGCUCCGCACCAGAUUGAAAAGACAGUUAAAACCACUUCAGCAUACACAGAUGCUUGGUUUUUGUUUUCUUUGCUGCUGGUUGUUUUUUCUCGAUUACAGCUCACUGGCUGUGCAAGUUGUAAACACAGCAUCUUUUAGUGGAUCAUGCUAACUCAAGCUUGUUCUCCCUUUAACUCUGGUCAGCUUGAUUGUAUCUUAAGUGCCAAUUUCUCUUCUGGAAUGUCUUUUCUCUCAAGAUUUUGCAUUGCCUCAGUUGUGCUUUUUACAAAUAAACCCAAAGGAGAAGAAUCCCACUCUGUGAAGUUUCAACGCACAAGCCCAAUUCUUACUUCAUAGUUUUUUGUUUCUCUGCUGCAUUGCAGUGAGUGAAUAAGUGCUGUGUAGAUUUAAAUUAGACUAUGUUGGAACAGUGAAGGAAAGUCCAGUGGAAACUAUACUAGAGUCUUUUUUUAAUAACAGUUUCCUGUGGCAUUUUUACAAUAAUCAGGGUGUUAAUCCCAAAUGGUCUGGUCAAAUUCCAGCAUGACCAAUUCCAUUCUGCUGACAUGAGCUUCUCAAGCAAUGCUGAUUGCGUAUCAGUGUUACUUAUCCUGAGCUAUCGUGAGAGGCUCUUUUUAAAAAGCUGCUGUUUCACUGGUGGAUGAGAUAUCCAGUGAAAUUCUUACUGCAGAUGAUUUUGAGAGCUAUUUAAAAUUUGAUUCACUGUGCGUUGUCAGAUAGGAGGCUGAUAUAUGAGCCUCUGACAGGGAGUUUUAAAUGCAUGCACUAAGAAAAUGGACAUGAAAAUACUGACAAGUUUUCUCAGAGUUCCUCAAUCCCACUGGCAUUUUCCUUUGUUACAUAGGCUCUAAUGAGAUCUCCUCAAAAUGUGCUUAAAAAUAUUUUGCCUUUGUUUAUUGUUUAUCUGUUAUUCUUGGAAGACCAUAAUGACUUGGAGUACAUCAAAACCAGUAGUGAACUGAGCCUCGUGAGAUCCUUCUGAGGCAGGGAAAUACUUUAUUUCAAAACAGGCAUAAACAGGUUGGGGUUGUUACUGUUUUUUGGCUACUGGUAGAGAGGAACGCUGUAGCAAGGACAGGACUGACUAUAGCAGUCUCCAUGCUGACUUAGACCUCCAUACCCCCAUAGAAAAUCUGGAGCCAUAUGUCCUAUUUAAACAUUACAAGACUCUUGUUUUCUGUGAAAGAGUGAUGUUCAGCUGCACACAAUAGAGGUAAACUGGGUAGUAACUCAGCAGUGAGAAAUGUAAGCUCUGGAACAGAGGAUGAUUUUCUUUGGUUGUCACAGGGGCAAAGAAUAAAGAGCACAGAACUGUUAAGAUUACGUCCCUUGAGUGUGCUGUGAGGCUUGAGGUCAUUCAGGCAAACUGCUUUAGGGUGUGUACUGCUUGCCUGCUCCAUGGAAGGGGCAGCGAUGGAGAGUAUAAGGCAGCCUCUUCUCCCUGGGAUAGAUUUCCUCCACAAUGCAUGACUUGCUUCCAGCAGGUGUCAGUGUUUAAGUUACGCCAGUCCAGCCUGGGCUCUGUAAGAGGCUCUCCUUGGGCAGAGCUUUGGCAUGCGACCUGUUUUAUAGAUCCGUUAUGGAGGCCGUUAGGCAUAAAUGUUAGAGGCUCAUUAAGGCAGCUGAUCUUUCAGUGAGUGGAGGAGAAAGAGGUGACAACCUCAACUGUAGAAUAUUGGAAGUUGCACCUAAGCAUUGCUUUGGUCAGCAGCAUCUGUCCAUGAGGAGUUUGGGAUGUGCACUUGGCAGACUGGGAGUUGCUGUUGGGGAACCACUAUAGCGGCAGUGUUGCUUUAGGGAGUGAGAGUGGUGUAAUGCAAAGAACAGGGCAGUAGCUCUUCUUUCUGACGCUGCCCUAGCAAAAGCCACAAACACCAUUCGAAACAAAAUUUCUAGAACUGGAAGAGUGGGAGACAGGAGAUAGCUUAGUCCCCUGGUUCUUCUGUACAAUAGAACAGAUUUUCUCUUAGAAGCUUUGCAGUUCAGUGCAGAUCCAAGUGAACCCUGUGGUGGUGACUUGCUGUGAGACCACCAGAGUCCAAAUGUUGGGAUAGCUGGGAUUCACUGACAUAACCCUGUCAGUAGGGAUUUGUGUUGCCUGAAAUUCACCUCUCAAGCUGCUCGGCUAUUACAUUUGUUUUCCUCCAGUGCCUUUUAUUGUGCUGAUGUCCAAAAGUACUUAGGCAGAGCAUUACAUCUAGGCUGGAUGUGGUUCUUGGUAGCCUGGUCUGGUGGUUGGUGACCCUGCCUGUGGCAGGGCAGUUGAAACAGGAUGAUCGUUGUGGUCCUUUUCAACCCAGGCCAUUCUAUGAUUGUGCGAUUGCACAAAUCACACUGUGGUAAUGGGAGUCCACUAUACCUGCCUGAGAUGGGAGAACCCUCAUGCACAAAUUCUGUGAUGAAUGCACUGUUU